AUGGAUUCGUUGUGCAGCAUGUGGUUACUUCUGUUAUUCGGUGUUUAUUGUGAAGCUCAGCUGCGAAAAGAGGCCUACAUGACAGUUCCAAACCUUAUCAAAGCGGCAGGCUACCCAGUAGAAAAGCACCGUGUGUACACUCGAGAUGGCUACAUACUGCAGAUGCAUAGGAUUCCGGCUGGAAGACGGAUCGUUAGACGAAUAGAUGAGCCAAGUGCUAAAGGAAAAAAGGUCAUCAUCAUCGUUCAUGGCCUCGCUGGCAGCAGCGGAGACUUCGUCAUUAUGGGACCCGAGAAAAGCCUUUCUUAUAUUUUAGCUGACGCCGGGUACGAUGUGUGGUUGGCCAAUUUGCGGGGUACCGACUACAGCAGCCACGUGAACCUUACAAAAAACGAACAGAAAUUCUGGGAAUUCAGUUUCCACGAACACGGCAAAUAUGACCUGCCGGCAAUGAUUGACCACGUCCUGAACGUGACGGGGCAAGAGAAGAUCAUAUAUCUGGGUCAUUCCAUGGGAACCACCAGCUUUUUCACCAUGAUGUCCACAAAACCGGAGUACAAUGACAAAGUGUCCUUCUGUGUAGCGAUGGGAGCCGCUGUCUAUUUGGAAAAUGUGAAACCGGUUGCAAAAUUAGCGCUAGUGAAUUUGAAUGUAACGAACAUGAUGCGGGAGAGAGGUGUCUGGGGUAUCCAUCCAUCGAUGGUACAGGGCGUGGUGAAGAACCUGUGUACACUGAAUCAGCCCGAAAUUGACCUAUGCACCAACUUCAUAUUUUCUAUAAUCGGCGAAGAUCGGGAACAACAUGACUUGGAUAUAUUCCCUAUUUACCUGCACAGGCUUCAAACGCAGCCGUUCCGCUCGUUGGAGCAUUUUGGAAAAAUUGCCUUAACAGGAGUAUUUACAACUUUCAGUGGUGGUGUGAAUGGUCCAGUGAAGCCAUACAACUUAACUAACGUUAGAGUUCCUGUCACUUUAGUAUAUGGAGAGAAUGAUCAGCUCACUGAAAAAUCUCAAAUAUUGAAGUUGGCAGAGGAGCUCAGGUCUAUUGGAGUUCUAGAAGAAGUAAGGCCGGCUUGUUCCUGGCCCAAGUUCAACCACUUCGACUUCAUGUUUGCUAAGGAUGUAGGCAAACUACUGAACAAACCACUUGUCAAGUUAAUAGAUAAAUUAUACAAUAAAUAUAAUACAGCAUGA